UUCUCAUCCCAUCAGCUGUGGCACUGGCAAAUGGUUUCCUGAUAUGAUGUGCGUUUUAUCGUAAGUCAGAGGACUUAUUGAUAGGCUAUAUUUCAUGCUUUAUAUUAUGUUCCUGAUCUGUGCUCUGUUCCUUUAACGUGCAGUCUUUGGCGUUUCAUUGGCGCACUGUGCGCAAGCCAAUACUGGGCAGCCCUGCGCACACAGAGAUCAGCUCCCUCCCGCUCAGUGCAUGCAGCAUCCUUACAAUAAACGUGACAGUGGAGUUGGAAAGAUGCUGCACGCGUAAGAGAUUGAUGCCAGUCGUCCUGGGCUUAAGUCCGGUGGAUAUGUUUGUGCGCGUCACGUUUUGUAUUCACUUUCUUUUUGUGCCGGUAGUUGUUUGUUCUCUGUGAGUUGCAUUCCGGACUUUUUUGUGGAGAUGUCAGGCAGAAUGUGGAUAUGGCUUGUGUGGAGACAGUCGCUGUUUUUGAGUAUCUUUCAUCUCACAUGGAACUAUGCAGACGGACAAACUCGGUACACCAUCCCCGAGGAAUUAAAAAGGGGAUCCGUUGUUGGGAAUAUACUGAAGGACUUGGAAUUACAGCAAAGUGAGGUUUCUGAGCGCAGAUUACGAAUAUCCUCUGAAGAUGGUAAGCAGUACUUCAGUGUAGAUCUAAGGAAAGGCGACCUGCUUGUAAAUGAAAGAAUAGACAGGGAAGCACUUUGUGGACAGAACCCCAGUUGCGUCUUGCCAUUGCAGGUGCUAAUUGAAGACCCUUUACAGCUUUUUACAGUUGAAGUUGACAUUCAGGACAUAAAUGACAACUUUCCCGUUUUUAUUACCCCCGAGCAUGUUUUGAAUAUUGCAGAAUCCACAACAGUUGGCACGCGGUUUCCUUUGAAGAGCGCGGAGGAUCUAGACGUUGGGGCAAAUGCGCUGAAAUCUUACAAACUGAGUCCAAAUGAGCAUUUUGUUUUGAAUCUGAAAAGUACCAAAAGCGGUGUCAAAGUUCCAGAGUUGGUGUUGCAAAAACAUCUGGAUAGAGAGAAGCAGUCGGUGCAUCAGUUAGCACUGACGGCUGUGGAUGGAGGCUACCCACCUCGGUCCGGGACAACCCAAAUUGCAAUUAACGUUCUCGAUAUUAAUGACAACGCACCAAAGUUUGGCAAAUUAUCAUACGAGGUAAAACUUCGAGAAGACGCUAUGAAAGAUUCGACGGUUGUGGCUGUGAACGCUGUAGAUUUAGAUGGUGAUGAAAAUGGAGAUGUGUCAUAUUCAUUUGCUGAACAUACAUCCGAGGAUGUGCUUAAUACAUUCGUUAUUAACCCCCAAACCGGUGUUGUAUCACUUGGCAGUGAUCUUGAUUAUGAGCAGAAAAGAAAGUAUGAAUUUGACAUUCGUGCAACGGAUAAAGGCUCUCCCCCUAUGGAGGGACAUUGCACGGUGAUUGUGGACGUCCAAGACGUAAAUGACAAUCCACCUGAAAUUAUCAUCACGUCCUUAAUGAGUCCUUUAAAAGAGAACUCUCCUGUGGGGACUGUGGUUGCUUUGAUCACUCCUAAAGACAAUGACUCCGGUUUGAAUGGGAAGACCACCUUAACUCUGGCAGGACAAUAUCCUUUCAAAUUGUCCCCGUCUCUGUCCGGUCAUUUCGCAUUGGUAACCGAUGCCAAACUCGACCGGGAGUCGUUCCCACAGUACAACAUUAAAAUAAUAGUUUCAGAUUCUGGUUCCCCGCCACUUCACGACGAAAAGGUGAUUGUCGUGGACAUUCUAGACACAAAUGACAGCCCUCCUAAAUUCUCUCAAUCCGAAUAUACCGCUUUUGUCAAAGAAAACACGACGCCAGGGACAUUGAUAUGCUCAGUGUCUGCUAGAGAUCCAGACGCCGGAGAGAAUGCCAAAAUCUCCUACUCCAUCCUCGAGUCUGGAGAUUCACCUGUCUCUUACGUGUACAUCAACCCUGACAAUGGCAGCAUUUACAGCUCGCAGACUUUUGACUACGAGUUACUCACAGCGUUUAAGAUCCACGUACAGGCGACAGACCGAGGCUCGCCACCUCUGAGCAGCAACACCACUGUGAAUGUCUUUAUCGUAGACGAGAACGACAACGCGCCCUUGGUCAUCCACCCGUCUGUGGCCACGGGCUCUCCGUCUCAGCAGAAGAUGCCCCGCUCAGCCAAAGCAGGCCACCUCGUUACUAAGGUGACAGCUGUGGACGCAGACUCGGGCCGUAACGCUUGGAUCUCCUACAGGUUGACCGAGGCCACAGACGACACCCUGUUCGUCGUGAACGUCUACACGGGAGAGGUGCGAACCAGACGCGCUGUGUACGAGGACGAUGAGUCCACACAGACACUACUGGUAGAGAUUAGAGACAACGGGGACCCGGCACAGUCCGCCACAGCUACGGUCUCCAUCCUGUUAGAGGACGGUCUCCACGAGGCUAUUUUAGACCAGCGAAACGAACUGUCUGAGCAGAGCAAGAAAGGUGACCAAACGCAGUUUUAUUUGCUCACCUCUCUGGCUUGUAUGUCGCUGCUGUCCACGGUGACCUGUCUGCUCGUGGUCGUGAAAUGUGCCAAGCGCGCCAAACGAGGCUCCUCCGCCUGUUGCAUGCGCCGCAUGGACUCAGACGACUUCAUAAACAGAAACAUCCAGCUUCAGCUGAACACGGACGGGCCUAUCAAGUAUGUGGAGGUGCUGGGGGGAGACGUGGUGCCUCGUAGCCAGUCCUUCCGCUCCUCCUUCCUCUCCCCCGUGUCGGAGUACGGCGACUUGACGCUCAUCAGGCCCCACAGCACGCUCGACUUCAGGGACAUGAUGAGCAUGCUAGAUGCCUCUCUGCCCGACAACGCCUGGACCUUUGAAAGUCAACAGGUGAGCUCCAUGGCAUGUGCAGUAGCGAUGGUCAUUGUGUGCGGUAACAUCAUAAUGCGUACAGUUCCACCUGUGGAAUGA